CUCAAUUUCGGCUAUCUACCAUUCCGUAAACCUAUCGAUACUGUAGUGGGAGUGCCUAUACCUGUGGAUAAGGUCGAAAAACCAACUCAAGAGCAAAUCGAUGAACUCCAUGACAUCUAUGUCACGAAGUUAAACGAGCUCUUCGAAGAGCACAAGCAACGAUUUGGAGUGGCUCCGGAGACGAAACUGGUCAUUCAGUAA